UCAUUAGUGUAGUCUACCAAAUGUUUCCAAUUUUCUACCUUCUGGGAAAUGAUGGGAUUGGCUCUUUCUACUCUCUUUACAUUUAGACUUGACUAUGAGACUUACUGCCAGUGGGUUCAUUCCUGAGUAGAACCUUUAAAUAGAAGCUCUAGGAACCAGCCUGUGAUUCACCACAUUUUCCAAUCCUGGCUCAGUAAUCAUGGAAACAUGGAGAUAGAAACUCCCUGAGUGAGACUGACAUCGAGCAGAGCUCCAGAUGACCUUGAGUACCUUAAUAGACCUGGAGCUGAGUGAAACCAGUUGUCUUAAACCACUGAGAUUUUUGAAGUUGUUCAUUACUCCAAGAUGACCUGGCAUAUCCUGACAGAUACAGUUAAUGUGCUGUAAUUUACAAUUUGAUAAUUGGGGAAAUGAUAAACGAACACCCUGCAUUUGUUAGAAGGUGGUUCUUUGGAGCAAUUGGAAGAUCAGAUGCAGAGAAACAACUGUUAUAUUCAGAAAACAAGACGGGUGCCUUUCUAAUCAGAGAAAGUGAAAGCCAAAAAGGAGAAUUCUCUCUUUCAGUUUUAGAUGGAGGAGUUGUAAAACACUACAGAAUUAAAAGACUGGAUGAAGGGGGCUUUUUUCUCACGCGGAGAAGAACCUUUUCAACACUGAACGAGUUUGUGAGCCACUACACCAAGACAAGUGACGGCCUGUGUGUCAAGCUGGGGAAACCAUGCUUAAAGAUCCAGGUCCCAGCUCCAUUUGAUUUGUCGUAUAAAACCGUGGACCAAUGGGAGAUAGACCGCAACUCCAUACAGCUUCUGAAGCGAUUGGGAUCUGGUCAGUUUGGCGAAGUAUGGGAAGGUCUGUGGAACAAUACCACUCCAGUAGCAGUGAAAACAUUAAAACCAGGUUCGAUGGAUCCAGAUGACUUCCUGAGGGAGGCACAGAUAAUGAAGAACCUAAGACAUCCAAAGCUUAUCCAGCUUUAUGCUGUUUGCACUUUAGAAGAUCCAAUUUAUAUUAUUACAGAGUUGAUGAGACAUGGAAGUCUGCAAGAAUAUCUCCAAAAUGACGCCGGAUCAAAAAUCCAUCUGACUCAACAAGUAGACAUAGCGGCACAGGUUGCCUCUGGAAUGGCCUAUCUGGAGUCUCGGAACUACAUUCACAGAGAUCUGGCUGCCAGAAAUGUCCUCGUUGGUGAACAUAAUAUCUACAAAGUAGCAGAUUUUGGACUUGCCAGAGUUUUUAAGGUAGAUAAUGAAGACAUCUAUGAAUCUAAACACGAAAUAAAGCUGCCGGUGAAGUGGACUGCGCCCGAAGCCAUUCGUACUAAUAAAUUCAGCAUUAAGUCCGAUGUGUGGUCAUUUGGAAUCCUUCUUUAUGAAAUCAUUACUUAUGGCAAAAUGCCUUACAGUGGUAUGACAGGUGCCCAGGUAAUCCAGAUGUUGGCUCAAAACUAUAGACUUCCGCAACCAUCCAACUGUCCACAGCAGUUUUACAACAUCAUGUUGGAGUGCUGGAAUGCAGAGCCUAAGGAACGACCUACAUUUGAGACACUGCAUUGGAAACUUGAAGACUAUUUUGAAACAGACUCUUCAUAUUCAGAUGCAAAUAACUUCAUAAGAUGAACACUGGAGAAGAAUAUCAAAUAAUGAAGUAGCAAAACAAAUUCAAAUAAUCCAUUCCAAAGUACAAUGUUAUCAACCUACUGCACAAUCAGUUUAACCUGACAUAUUCAAGUGAUAGGAUAAAGUUGGCCAUGUAUUAUGAAAAA